AUGUCCUUGAAAUGUUUAUGUUGUUUUCUCUCUAAUGAAGAGCAAAGUCCAAGACGGAAUGUUGAUGAGAAGAAAAAUAGUAGGGAUUAUCCAUGGGAAAGAUACACUUUGAAGGAGUUGCUUCGUGCAACAAAUAACUUUCAUCAAGAUAACAAAAUUGGAGAAGGUGGAUUUGGAAGUGUUUAUUGGGGUCAAACAAAUAAAGGCGUCGAGAUUGCUGUGAAGAGGUUGAAGACAAUGACUGCCAAAGCGGAGAUGGAAUUUGCAGUUGAAGUGGAAGUACUUGGAAGGGUGAGGCACAGAAAUUUGUUAGGGUUGAGAGGAUUCUAUGCAGGAGGAGAUGAAAGGUUAAUCGUGUAUGAUUACAUGCCUAAUCAUAGCUUACUCACUCAUUUACAUGGUCAACUUGCCUCUGAUUGUUUACUAGAUUGGUCUAGAAGAAUGAACAUAACAAUUGGUGCAGCUGAAGGUUUAGCGUACUUACACCAUGAGGCAAAUCCUCACAUAAUCCAUAGAGACAUAAAGGCAAGCAAUGUUCUAUUAGACACAGAAUUUCAAGCCAAAGUAGCUGAUUUUGGUUUUGCAAAACUAAUACCAGAAGGUGUAAGCCAUCUCACAACAAGAGUUAAAGGCACACUAGGCUAUUUAGCACCAGAAUAUGCUAUGUGGGGGAAAGUUUCCGAAAGUUGCGAUGUUUAUAGUUUUGGAAUCUUGCUUUUGGAAAUUAUAAGUGCGAAAAAACCAAUUGAGAAACUACCUGGUGGAAUAAAAAGGGACAUUGUUCAAUGGGUCACACCCUAUGUACAAAAGGGUGUUUUUAAGCAUAUUGCUGACCCAAAAUUGAAAGGAAAUUUUGAUUUAGAGCAGUUGAAAUCUGUGAUUAUGAUAGCUGUUAUGUGCACUGAUAGUAGUCCAGAUAAAAGGCCUAGUAUGAUAGAGGUUGUGGAAUGGCUUAAAGAUGGUGUUUUGAAGAGGAAAAAAGAUGUUACAAAUUCGAGUAGUGGCAAUAAUAAAGGUGAUGGUGGUGAAGAAAAUGAUGAAAACUAUGAAGAGUUUGUGACUAUGCAGUCUAAUAAUUUGAAAAUACUAAGUGAUAAUGAUAGGCGCAAAAUGAGAUGA